AUUUUGCCUUUUCCUUUGACUUUGCCCUCCAGCCCUUCCUUCACAUACAUCAAAGAAGAAAGUUUUAAGAGCAAGGGUAUCUUUAAUUCAGGCUGAAAUUUCCUGACACUGUGAUCUCACUGGUGUUUAUUACAGAGUUUGACAUACAUGGGUUCAUUUGCCAUUUAUUUUUCCCUGUAGGAGUGGAUCAUGAAGGAAAUAAAAAUUUCUCUUUUAUUAUGCUGAGAACUUUCCCAACAAUUUCUGCUAUGACCACCUUCCAGGAGUUUUCUAGUCACCAGAUGCCUUGGUAAAGUUCAAUACGUAAUCUUUGGCUCUGAAAGCUGUUCCUGGACAAAAUCUGAGCUAACUCACUGAAGAAUCAACAGAUUGAGGCAACCAUCCGGUAGCCGAAAGGUAAAUGAGGCUUCAAGUUGGGCGGCGGGCAACGAACUUGACAGAACCUCGAAACUCUGCAGAUCCGCCGCCCAACCCAGCCGCCAGCUCCCCGUGACUUCCGCUUUCGGUCUCAACUCCUCUCCCUGAGGAGAGUGGUUUAAACGGUGAAGGCUGCGGGGCGUCGCCGGAAGUGUCGUAAACGUCGGAUAUCCGGUUCUUCUGGGCGCUAAGGGAGCUGACGGAGAGGGCCACCGCCCAGCAAUAGACGGUGCCUCAGCCUGCCGAGCUGCAGUUUCCGUGGUGUGAGUGAGUCCGGGCCCGUGUCCCCUCUCCCGCCGCCGCCAUGGGCUGCACGUUGAGCGCCGAAGACAAGGCGGCAGUGGAGCGAAGCAAGAUGAUCGACCGCAAUUUACGGGAGGACGGGGAAAAAGCGGCCAAAGAAGUGAAGCUGCUGCUACUCGGUGCUGGAGAAUCUGGUAAAAGUACCAUUGUGAAACAGAUGAAAAUCAUUCAUGAGGAUGGCUAUUCAGAGGAUGAAUGUAAACAAUAUAAAGUAGUUGUCUACAGCAAUACUAUACAGUCCAUCAUUGCAAUCAUAAGAGCCAUGGGACGGCUAAAGAUUGACUUUGGGGAAGCUGCCAGGGCAGAUGAUGCCCGGCAAUUAUUUGUUUUAGCUGGCAGUGCUGAAGAAGGAGUCAUGACUCCAGAACUAGCAGGAGUGAUUAAACGGUUAUGGCGAGAUGGUGGGGUACAAGCUUGCUUCAGCAGAUCCAGGGAAUAUCAGCUCAAUGAUUCUGCUUCAUAUUAUCUAAAUGAUCUGGAUAGAAUAUCCCAGUCUAACUACAUUCCAACUCAGCAAGAUGUUCUUCGGACGAGAGUGAAGACCACAGGCAUUGUAGAAACACAUUUCACCUUCAAAGACCUAUACUUCAAGAUGUUUGAUGUAGGUGGCCAAAGAUCAGAACGAAAAAAGUGGAUUCACUGUUUUGAGGGAGUGACAGCAAUUAUCUUCUGUGUGGCCCUCAGUGAUUAUGACCUUGUUCUGGCUGAGGACGAGGAGAUGAACCGAAUGCAUGAAAGCAUGAAACUGUUUGACAGCAUUUGUAAUAACAAAUGGUUUACAGAAACUUCAAUCAUUCUCUUCCUUAACAAGAAAGACCUUUUUGAGGAAAAAAUAAAGAGGAGUCCAUUAACUAUCUGUUAUCCAGAAUACACAGGUUCCAAUACAUAUGAAGAGGCAGCUGCCUAUAUUCAAUGCCAGUUUGAAGAUCUGAACAGAAGAAAAGAUACCAAGGAGAUCUAUACCCACUUCACCUGUGCCACAGACACGAAGAAUGUGCAGUUUGUUUUUGAUGCUGUUACAGAUGUCAUCAUUAAAAACAACUUAAAGGAAUGUGGACUUUAUUGAGAAGCAUGGAUGUUAGUGAAAGUUACUACAGUGUGGAGUGUUGAGACCAGACACCUUUUGCUGUCUCAUGGGGCAGCUACAAGCAUGAACGGGACCAGGGAAUGGCAGCAGCAUGCAGAAUCUUAGCACUCUUUAGCACAAUAUUUUGUAUUAGGGAACUUUUAAUUGACAUGAGAUGCUAAAGUCAGACAUUGGAAUUGGAAGAACUAUAAAGUGUGAUUCGAUCGUCAAGACAUCACUUGGAUUUCUUAAUCUUAAAUGCUUAUGGAAGAUGUGAAGUUGAGGUGCUGCAUUCUAGAACUUCAAUAUGUAGCUUACUCUUUUUUUCCCCCCUUCUUAAACCACCAGUGGUUCAUUUUUAAGGUUUUUUCAUCAAGAGAAGAAUAACUUUACUAAAUUUUAUUUCUUUAUUUGCAAAAGAAUCUUUAUUAAAACACAAACAAUCUUAACUAUGCACAUGAUGUGACCAGAUCAUCUUGAAAAUAUUCCUCUUUAGUAGGAACUCUUUGUUUUUAACUCUUGGUAUGGUCAGAAUAUAAUACUUCCAUAAUUACUUAUAAUUCUUUCCAGUUACUGGGGCUAUAAAUACAACUUUUUAAAUGAAAUUUAUGUUAUUAUCCUGCUCAAAGUACCAUUAUGGUUUCCAUAUGGUAAUUACAUUGGAAAGUUCUGCAAUAAGAUUCUAGUUCUCUCUUUUCUUUAAGCUUAUGGUUGAAGGUUAACCUUGUUUGUGCAGAUUACCAAAUUACUGCUGAUGUAGUAUGAUAAAGUCAGCUUCUUGGAUACAGACACACCCAGGGCAGCUGCCAAUCAGAAAUGCAAAUUGCUAAAUUCCAAACAGAACCAGUGACUUUGCUGCUACAUAUUUACUAAAUUGACCACUUUGAUUCUUGCUUGUUUGUCUCAGUUAUAGGGAGUUUUGUACACGGUGCCUCUUGUUUUCCAUCUUCAUGGCCUUUUCUGUUGAGAAACAUCUAAAGUGUAUUAACAGUGCAUGCUUUUACUUUGUAAAUGUGGUGCCAAAUCCCUGUUUGCCAUCGUUUUUACUGUACCGAUGUUAACUGUAGUAAUCCUUAGUCAGUAUGUUCUUUUGCUGAAACUGUUGCAUUUUGGGACUUUUUUCCACUUUGUCAUGUGUACAUUUUUAAUCUGUUAUAGUUGGCGGCAGUAUUAAAAUGGUGAGUAAAGA